AUUUUGCUCAAAUAAAUAUACCAGGCGUUUGUAUUGGAGGUUAUUUUAUUUAUUUACAUCUUUUGUUACCAAAAAUUGUAAAUAGAAUUGAUUAUAGAAAAACUUAAAAGGGAAACAUGGAUACCGUUGUCAAAAGUAUGAUGGAAGAAGAUCCUGAAGAGGAAAAGAAGGGCUUAGUGCUCUUUGGUCGAGACUUAUCAACAAUUCCAUGUUUCCGUGAAAGCUUUCUAUAUGGCAUCGGUACUGGUGUGGGGGUUGGAAUAGCAUCUUUUUUCAAGACCUCAAAACCGUUAUUGUCACAGCACAUAGGAAUGGGAGCAUUUACAAUAACAACAUUGGUAUAUUGGUCAUAUUGUAGAUAUAAUUGGUCAAAACAGAAAUUUGAUGCUCAGUUACUACAAUCAGCUUUAAAAGAUAAAAUAAGAUAUGAAGGCACAGGUGUUGAAAAAGAAAUGGAAGAGAAAGGAAUUCUGAAAUCAGCAUAGAAAUAUUUGUUAUGUAUAUUGUUGUACAAUUCUGUAAAAUAUUUAAAUCAUUUCAGUUCUUAGAUUAAGAGAAAUGUAGUAUGAUAUUUUAAUUAGUUGCUUUUUUUAGAUUGCAGAUAAUAAAUUAUUUA